AUGCAGACUCUUGUGAGACUCCGGCAGUUUCCCCGAAGCUGUGCUGACAUCGCAGGAGCCAUUCUGGGGCUCUUCUUGAGAUGGAUAGUGUGCAUGGAGGAUGCCCAAGAUGUAAAAGAUUCGGCAACCCAACUGAUCCUAGAUCGCGCCGUGGGACAGGCAAGUGACCAAGAUGCGGAAAUGUACAAGUUCUUCAACACCAACAACCUUUGGGUGGACUUAAGGGCUCUGAAGAACCUCUACCGCAAAUACGAUGGCGCCUUGCCAUUGCCGGUGAUGAAGAAUUCCAAAACCGUCGAUCCGCGAGACAAGGCAUCCACGAAGGUCUUGCAGCUGGAAACCGCCAUGGGCGCGGCCAUUCAGUGCUUCCCCGGCGCCAGUGCCUUGGUCAUCCCCCGUACGCGCUUCGCGCCGGUGAAGACCACCAACGACUUGUUGGCCUUGCGUUCUGACGCCUACAUGCUGACAGAGGACUUCAGAAUUGUCUUGAAGGAAGAGAGGCAGGGCGUGCCACCCGACGUCAAGCUGGAUGGCAUGUACAAGUUCUUCGAUGCCAUGGAAAAGAUGAUCCCCAAUGGGGCUCCCUCCCUGGUGGGCUGCAAGAAGUUGGUGGUGGAGGGGGAGAUCACCUUCGCCAAGGAUGUGGUCAUUAAAGGCACAGUGACCAUCAAGAACAGCAGUGGAAGCUGUAAGGAGGUGCUGAAGCCAAGCGUGCCUGCAGGCACCUAUGAGGACUGCACAAAGGCUGGGUGGUUUUCUAUGGUGUUCCCCCUCCGCAGACGUCCUGGAACUAUGCUAAGAUCCACUGAACGAAGCUCCACUGGUUUCGCCAUGGAAAUCUUCUUGGUCUCGCCUCCCUUGGCCAAGCUACUUGGGAGCUACCUGCCACCCUUGGCACAGCAGUGCAUUGCCCUGCUGGCGCCAGGCUGGCACAAGCUGGAGAUGAGAGAUGAACCGAAGUUCUGGGUGCUGGGUGGCACAGGCCCUCCAUCUCUAGAAAGCGUGGAUGGCUUUGAUAUCGCCAAGCGGAGGUGGGAGUUUCAGCCACCCUUGCCGGGCAGACGCUGCGGACAUUGUGCCAACAUCAUGGGGAAGCACCUCUACAUCCUGGGUGGCAUUGGCGCGCCACGGGGCGCCUCCCGUUGGAGCGCCGAAGAUCACAGCUGGACGGAGCUUCCGAUGAUGCCGGUGCCGCGCAUUGAUUCAGCUGCGGCCGUCUUGGACUCCGGCCUCUACGUCUUGGGUGGCGCAGGCAAUGCCAAUGCCUCCAACAAGCCACUGGCGCUGUGCACGCGCUGGCUGGAGGCACCUGCUGGACCAUCGCUGGGAUCUUGGGAGUCCGUCCCCUCCAUGUCCUCCGGUCGUUGCGCCCUCGCCGCCGUCGUCCUCGGUGCCGGGCUCGUGGCCACGGGCGGCGUCGGGCCGCAGCCCGACGGCUGCGAGCGCUUCGACGCGGCGCGGCGGCGCUGGACGCCGGGGCCCAGGAUGGCGCUGGGGCGCUGCAGCCAUGCCGCCGUGGCCUGUGGAGGGCAUGUGCUGGUGAUGGGCGGCUUAUGCCAUGGUCGUCCAAGCUCUUCGGUGGAAUGUUGGUCGGUGGGGUCCAAGCGCUGGACCACCUUACCCUCCAUGCAGAUGCGACGGUUCGCACCCUGCGCGGCUGUGCUGACAGCAGGCAAGGUCUAUGUUUGUGGCGGCAGUGAUGGCGCUCAAAGCCUGAGCACCGUGGAAUCCUACGACUUUGAUGCGCAAAAGCCCAGCCGCUGGUGCACAGUGAGCAGUUUGAGGGUGGCGCGACACCGUGCGUGUGCCGUGGCCACGAGCUCAGGUGAAGGGUCGGUUGAUGGGGAGAUCCCCGAGGGAAAAUGGAGGUUUUGA